AUGACGCGUUAUCGCCCUCACCGUCCAAAAAUGCUCGCCUCACCGUCCAUAUGCUCAUCCUCACUGGGGCAGCGUCUGCCACGCCCUCAUCGCUGCUACGGGGCUGUCAUUUUUUUUCCCCAUGGCCCCAGGAGUAGUUCCGCCCAUGUAAAGCCCACCCAAAGUCCUCGGGGAAUCAGCAAGGGCCCCCCCAACCAACUCCUCGCUCCAUUUCCCCUCAAAGUGCCCCUUGCACCACUAGCCCCUUUUGGGCCUUAUGGGAGAAGUUUACCAACACUGAAACUACCCCUCCCCGGUCCAACAAGGCUCCCCCCCAACCGAGCCAUCAGCCGCUGCGGGUUUUGGGAUGGGCCCCAAAAGGGCCCUCAUCCCGCUCACUCUUACGUCGAACCGAUUCUAGACUCUGCCUGGGAAAGCUUCCCCCGGCACACACCCCCUUAUCUGCGUCAGGUAGUAAAGGGGCCCAAAAGCAGUGCUCGCCCAGAUGGCCAAACCCCGGCAGCCGGCCCGGGCUGCCCACGCCAAUACGCCUCCCCCCUGGGCCCCUUGAGCUGCACACAAUGCCCCCGGGCACCACACAUCCUGUGGUUGUCGGAAGUCCAUAGUGGCCAAAAUAUCAGGCCCACUAGGGUUUCUCACCCCCGUGUCCACUAUCAGCCUGCUGGAACAUCAGAAACCGUCCGGUUUAGAGGAGUGUUCUCCCCCUCUGCACUGACUCUCUGUGCCCUACCCCCCGCAGCCCCAAACCCCGCCUUGAAAAGUUUCCAGGCCACCUUCCUCAAUGCAUCUUCCCCCUUUAGCCUUCCGGGGCCCCCGGGGGUCACCGGGCCCCAGGGUCACCCCUUACCACCCUUCCCCACCUGCCCACUGGGACAGUGUCUCGCCACGCUACGAUCCCCUUCUUUAAGUGGGCCCAUAUACCUCGGCCCCGGGGGUGGUGCCCAAAAAGGCGUUUCAAAGCCCCCGCCCCUCUGGUGUAAGAGGGAUUUGGAUGGCGGGGAGAUCCCCAACACUUCCACUGCGGGGUUUCCCUUAAAGCUGUUCCAUGCAGGGCCUUCUCUUCCUGGUCCAGCCCUGGCAGAUGCCCGCAUUUUAAAUGGCACAUUGCCCCCCCAGGCCACCCUUCCCUCGUAUCAGCGGCUUUCGCCUCCAGAAUUCGGGGGGCCGAGGGGGUGCAGGGUGGAGAAAGCGUGCCGUCCAAGGGGAACACAGUCUUUACAGGGGCAGUACCCAACCCCCGUCUCUCUUGGGUUGUUCCUCCGCUCCCCGCCACAGCCGUUCGUCAUGUUGCCCGUCCCUUCAGUUUAA